CUGUAGGAAGUCGCAGCCUGUCCGUGAAGUGGAUGUACUUGUCAGCUUCUGUGGACUCAAGCAGGUAAAUACGAGAACAUCCGUGUUCUGUACGAAGGAUCCGCAAUGUCUAAAGACACCGAAACCAUGCGUGAGGAAAUCAUGGAGUCGAAGGUGCUGUGGUACCCGGACUCCAAGAAGAAUACGCAGAUGGACAGAUUCAGGACGCAGGUCAACCGAGACUUCGGACUUAAUUUGGCGAACUACAACGACCUGUACCAGUGGUCUGUGGAGAGCUACGCUGAGUUCUGGGCCGAGGUCUGGCGGUACUGUGGAGUGGUCAGCUCCAAGAUUUAUGAGGAGGUGGUGGACGUGUCCAAGCGGAUUUCUGACGUUCCCGAGUGGUUUCGGGGCUGCCGCCUCAACUACGCAGAGAACCUCCUGAAGCACAAAGAGCAGGACAAAGUGGCGCUCUACGCGGCCGCGGAGGCGCGGGAGGAGAUCACCAAGGUGACGUUCGGGGAGCUGCGGCGGGAUGUGGCGCUGUUUGCCGCCGCCAUGCGCAAGAUGGGCGUGCGCACGGGCGACCGCGUGGUGGGGUAUCUGCCCAAUGGGAUUCAUGCUGUUGAGGCGAUGUUAGCCACCGCUAGCAUCGGCGCCAUCUGGAGCUCCACCUCCGUGGACUUUGGGGUGAACGGGGUGUUGGACCGGUUCUCUCAGAUCCAGCCCAAGCUCAUUUUCUCAGUGGCUGCGGUCGUGUACAACGGGAAGCAGCAUGACCACAUGGAGAAGCUGCAGAGCGUGGUGAAAGGGCUCCCGGAUCUGAAGAAGGUGGUUGUGAUUCCGUACGUGCGCUCCAGGGAAGAGACGGAUUUGUCCCCGAAUCCCAAACAGGUGCGUCUCAUGUGUUUUUGGAGGACUUCCCUGGCUCUGGGGAUGGAGGGGGACCAGGCCCCCCAGCUGGAGUUUGAGCAGCUGCCGUUCGGGCACCCCCUGUUCAUCAUGUUCUCGUCAGGCACCACGGGGGCGCCCAAGUGCAUGGUGCACUCCGCUGGGGGCACCCUGAUUCAGCACCUGAAGGAGCACAUUCUCCAUGGCAACAUGUCCAGCAGUGAUGUCAUCAUUUACUACACCACGACGGGCUGGAUGAUGUGGAACUGGCUGGUCUCUUCUCUGGCUGUGGGGGCGUCGGUGGUGCUGUACGAUGGCUCCCCCCUCGUGCCCACCCCCAACGUGCUCUGGGACCUGGUGGACCGGCUCGGGAUCACCAUCUUCGGCACGGGAGCCAAGUGGCUGGCGGUGCUGGAGGAGCGGGGCCUGAAACCAGCUGAAACACACAGCCUGCAGACGCUGCACACCAUCCUGUCCACCGGCUCUCCACUCAAACCCCAGAGCUACGAAUACGUCUACCACUGCAUCAAGAGCAGCGUGCUGCUGGGCUCCAUCUCAGGUGGUACGGACAUAGUGUCCUGCUUCAUGGGUCAGAACAUGACAGUCCCGGUGUACCGGGGAGAAAUCCAGGCCCGGAACCUGGGCAUGGCUGUCGAGGCCUGGAGCUACGAAGGGAAGCCGGUCUGGGGGGAGAGUGGGGAGCUGGUGUGCCUGAAGCCAAUUCCCUGCCAGCCCACACACUUCUGGAACGACGAGAACGAGAGCAAAUAUCACAAGGCCUACUUCAGCACCUUCCCCGGGGUCUGGGCCCACGGUGAUUACUGCAAAAUCAACCCCAAGACCGGCGGCAUCGUCAUGCUGGGGAGGAGCGACGGGACCUUGAAUCCCAACGGCGUGCGCUUCGGAAGCUCGGAGAUUUACAACAUCGUGGAGGCGUUUGAGGAGGUGUGCGACAGCCUAUGCGUUCCCCAGUACAGCGCUGACGGGGAGGAGCGGGUCAUCCUGUUCCUGAAGAUGGCGCCCGGCUGGGCGUUCCUCCCGCAGCUCGUGCAGAAGAUCCGGGCCGCCAUCCGGCUGGGCCUCUCCGCCCGCCACGUCCCCGCCCUCCUGCUGGAGACCCCAGACAUUCCGUACACUCUCAGCGGUAAGAAGGUGGAGGUGGCGGUGAAGCAGGUGAUCGCGGGGAAGGAGGUGACUCAGCGCGGGGCCUUCUCCAACCCAGACUCUCUGGACCUUUACAAGAACCUUCCAGAACUGCAGAACUUCUGAGCCGUGGCCUGGUUCUCCUGGGACGGACCCGUUAAAGGACACUGUGACGGGGGUGGUGUAGGACAAUGUGUAUAUUCAUUCAGAUUUUUCUUUUUUAUUAUUAAUAUUGUUGUUAUUGUUUUUGUGUUUUUUCUCAUCGACAUGUCACUCUGAUGGAGAUUUUCCUCUUCAAUUCACAUCACAAAAAACUGCCUGAUUGGCUUGGAUUGGAUGUGUCAUCUGUAAAACAUAAAAAGUUCAAUCUGUGUACCUGCCCCUGUAGAGUGACUCACCUGCCCCUCUAUAGUAACUCACCUGCCCCUGUAGAGUAACUCACCUGUGUACCUGCCCCUCUAUAGUAACUCACCUGCCCCUGUAGAGUAACUCACCUGUGUACCUGCCCCUGUAGAGUGACUCACCUGUGUACCUGCCCCUGUAGAGUGACUCACCUGCCCCUGUAUAGUAACUCACCUGC